AUGGAAGAGUGUCAUCCUACUACUACUCCUAUUGAAGAAGGAUUAAAAUUGUGUCUUGAGCCAAAUCAAAUAUCGGUUGACAAAGGAAGAUACCAAAGGCUUGUAGGAAGAUUAAUGUACUUGGCCCAUACCAGACCAGAUCUUACUUAUGCAUUAAGUGUUUUUAGUCAGUACAUGCAUAACCCAGGAGAAAAACAUAUGAAUGAUGUCAUGCACAUCUUAAGGUAUUUGAAAUCUGCACCUGGAAGGGGUAUUUUGUUCACUAAACACACCGAUUAUCAAGAAAUAAAUGUAUAUACAGAUGCAGAUUGGGCUAGAGCCAUAAAUGACAGGAGGUCUACAUCAGGUUAUUUCACUUUUGUAGGAGGAAACCUUGUAACUUGGAGGAGCAAAACACAAAACGUGGUUGCCUGCUCAAGUGCAGAAGCUGGAUUUAGAGGUAUAGCACUUGGUUUAUGUGAAGCAUUGUGGUUAAAGCUACUGUUGGAAGAUUUAGGAUACCCUCCUAGGCAACCAAUCCAGCUGUAUUGUGACAACAAAGUUGCAUGUGAUAUUGCCCAUAAUCCAGUAUAA